UCCGCGCGCGUUUCCUCCUCUCCCCGCCGCCGUCCGGCACCUGAGGGGCGGGCUGGCGGGCGGCGCUCCCCGCCCGGCCCUCGGCCUGGCCCCCGGCGCGCUGCCCAUCCGGACCGCGGUAUAUAUGCCAGCGGCGCUGACCCGGAGCAGAGCCCUGUGGACGCCGCGGCGGAGAGGUCGUACGGUGAGAGCAGCGGGGACAAGGUUCAUAGGUGCGGAAAUCACCCCUUGUCUUCACAAAGCGGGGUGCCCAGAGUAUCAUGAAUGUCAAUGAGCUCAAACUCAGGUUGUCCCGGGCUGGGCAGGAGCACCUGCUACAGUUCUGGGAUGAGCUGGAAGAGGCCCAGCAGGCGGAACUGUAUGCAGAGCUCCAGGCCAUGAACUUUGAGGAGCUGAACAUCUUUUUCCAAAAGGCCAUGGAAGGGUUCCAUCCGUCCUCUCAGCUAGAGAAGGUGGACAUGCGGAUGGAGCCUGUGCCACGGGAGGUGCUCGGCAGCGCCACUCGGGAUCGAGACCAGCUCCAGGCCUGGGAAAGCGAAGGGCUUUUCCAGAUCUCCCAGAGCAAAGUGGCUGUCCUUCUCCUGGCUGGGGGGCAGGGGACCCGGCUCGGAGUGGCCUACCCCAAGGGGAUGUACGACGUGGGCUUGCCGUCCCACAAGACCCUGUUCCAGAUUCAGGCAGAGCGCAUCCUGAAGCUUCAGCAGCUGGCGGAGAAGCGCUGUGGCCACCCGUGCACCAUCCCUUGGUACAUAAUGACCAGCGGCAGAACAAUGGAGUCCACCAGGGAGUUCUUCGCCAGGCACAAGUACUUCGGCCUGAAGAAGGAGGACGUCAUCUUUUUCCAGCAGGGCAUGCUGCCGGCCAUGAGUUUUGACGGGAAAAUCAUUCUGGAAGAGAAGUACAAGGUCUCUAUGGCUCCAGAUGGGAACGGUGGCCUGUACCGGGCGCUGGCGGCGCAGCGCGUGGUGGAGGACAUGGAGCGGAGGGGCGUGGUGGCUGUGCACGUCUACUGUGUGGACAACAUCCUGGUGCGGGUGGCGGACCCGCGGUUCAUCGGCUUCUGCCUCCAGAAGGGGGCGGACUGUGGGGCAAAGGUGGUGGAGAAGACGAACCCGACGGAGCCGGUGGGCGUGGUGUGCCGUGUGGAUGGCGUGUACCAGGUGGUGGAGUACAGCGAGAUCUCGCUGGCCACGGCGCAGCAGCGGGGCCCGGACGGGCGGCUGCUGUUCAGUGCGGGGAACAUCGCCAACCACUUCUUCACCGUGCCGUUCCUGAGGGAUGUCGUCAGUGUGCACGAGCCUCGGCUGCAGCACCACGUGGCUCAGAAGAAGGUCCCCUGUGUGGACCCCCAGGGCCGGCCCGUCAGGCCCGACAAACCCAACGGGAUCAAGAUGGAAAAGUUCGUCUUCGACAUCUUCCAGUUUGCCAAGCGGUUCGUGGUGUACGAGGUUCUUCGGGAGGACGAGUUCUCUCCGCUGAAGAAUGCGGACAGCCAGGACGGCAAGGACACCCCCACCACCGCGCGGCACGCCCUCAUGUCCCUGCACCACUGCUGGGUGCUCAACGCCGGGGGCCACUUCGUGGACGAGAACGGCUCCCGCCUGCCUGCAAUUCCCCGCGCCGCUGCGAGCCAACAGCCUGAGGCCGGCACCGCCCACGUCAGCGACAACCUGAAGGACGCCAGCGAUGUCCCGAUACAGUGUGAAGUCUCUCCCCUCGUCUCCUACGCGGGAGAAGGACUGGAGAGUCACGUGGCCGACAGGGAGCUCCGCGCCCCUCUGGUCAUCGACGAGCACGGUGUCCACGAGCUGGUGAAGAACGGGCUCUGAGGGGCCGCCUCCCCGGCCGCCGGGACCCCCAGUGCCCCUCCCGGCCAUCCCACUCCAGCAAGUACGUCCAUGUGGCUGGACUUGAGAAAGCAUUUUCAUGAUUCUGCACUCAUUGAAGGUCUUAUUUAUGUUUCCCAAUUCGACAGUGUUCUCCAAGCCCAGGAGAACGUCAGCGUGGAGACGGUCAGGGCACACGGUGACUCUGUGGGGCUGGGGGCGUCCGGUCCACGCUCCACUGUGUGGUCGUGUGCACUGCCCACGCAGAGAGGUUUCUGCAGCACCAGAUGUUCGCUUUGUCUUAUCAAAAGUAAACUUUCUAAAGGAACAACUGGGCAGUAAAAUAAACUUCUCUUUUUGUU